CCCAGCCCUCUUCCCCUCAUGGGGGUCCCGUAUUGUGGGUGGGGCCCCCUCCAUUUUGCCUCCAUUGUUCCCCUUGUGCCGCAGGUCCUCCUCCUCUCUCUGCCGCUGCUGAUGACCGCACUCCUUCAGCCUCUUUCCGCCUCCCAUCGCCUCCUGGCCUCUUUCUUCUCAGCCUCCGCUUCGCCUUCUCCUGCUGCCUCCAUGGCCUCCACGGCUGGACCUGAGGCCCCCACAUCCGCCUCCUCCACCUACACCCCCGGGACCCUCUCAGCCGCCUUCGUCACCUGCCCCAACCAGAUGGUCGCCAGGGAGAUCGCCAGGGCGGUUGUGGAGAAGCGGCUGGCGGCCUGCGUGAACCUCGUCCCCCAAAUCACCUCCAUCUAUGAAUGGAAAGGGAAGAUCGAAGAGGACUCAGAGGUCCUGCUGAUGAUCAAAACCCGCAGUUCCCGCGUCUCCGCCUUGGCCGAAUUCAUCCGGAAGAUCCACCCGUAUGAAGUCGCCGAGGUGAUCGCGGUCCCAAUCCAGGAGGGCAACCCCCCGUACUUGCGGUGGGUCGAGGAGGCCGUUCCGGAGGAGAAGCCCCCCCAGUGAAGAGCCAGGAAGCCAGGCUCACAUGGCAAAUGUUUUUUCUUACAAACAUAGGAUUAAAAUACAUGACUGUUGCCAAUAA